CGAGACUUGCCCAUCGGUACUUGCAACCCUUCGACACCAUGCCCCAAUGGAGCAUGCUGUGGAAGUAAUGGCCUUUGCGGUUACUCGCCUCUUGAAUGCGGCACUGGCUGUGCGUCCAACUGCGACGCAAAAGCUGCGUGUGGCCAGUAUGGCACACCAGGAUCCCAGACUUGUCCUUUGAAUGUCUGCUGUUCGAAGUUCGGCUUCUGCGGCUCGACAGACGACUUCUGUGGUGAUGGCUGUCAAGAAGGCUUUGGAGGUUGCGGUCCGCCGCCUACGCCGCCAUGUGGAGGAUCACAAGUUGGGAAGCGUAACAUCGGUUACUACGAGUCUUGGGCUAAUACCCGUCAAUGCCAACCGGUCAGCCCCGAGGACUUGAACUUGGCAGGCUUCUCCCAUCUCAACUUUGCUUUUGCUUCUUUCGACCCGGAUUCGUUCCAGAUAACACCUAUGGACGGCAAUUCAGCUUCGCUAUACGGGCGCACCACAGCCCUGAAGAACAAAUGGCCGGGCUUAGAGGUUUGGAUCUCUGUCGGUGGCUGGUCUUUCACAGAUCCAGGACCAACGCAAGAGGCAUUCUCAAACAUGGUAAGCACUGCAAGCAACCGCCAGGCUUUUAUCGAUGGUCUCAUCCAGUUCAUGAACACGUACAACUUUGAUGGCGUCGACUUAGACUGGGAGUAUCCUCAAGCCGAUGACAGAGGCGGUCAAGAAGGUGACAAGGUAAACUACGUGACCUUUGCUAAGCAGCUACGAAGCGCUCUCGGAAACAAGGGUAUCAGCUUGACCCUGCCGACCAGUUUUUGGUAUCUGCAACAUAUCGAUGUCAAAGGCUUGCAGGACUCGGUUGAUUGGUUCAACUUCAUGGCAUACGACUUGCACGGAACAUGGGACAAAGAGUCCAAGUUUGUCGGGCCUUACAUUGCUCCGCACACAAAUCUCACGGAGAUCGACUUAGGCCUUGAUCUUCUCUGGCGUGCAGGAGUGUCGGCAGACAAAGUUGUUCUUGGCCAAGGAUGGUACGGCCGUUCAUUCACCCUCACCAAUCCUUCUUGCAAUACUCCCAAUGGUGUGUGUGAGUUCAGCGGGGGUGCCAACCCAGGACCUUGCUCCGCUACAUCUGGCAUCCUUGACGACCAGGAGAUUCAGGACAUCAUCACGAAGAACAACUUACAGCCCGUAUGGGACAAGACCGCUGGUGUUAAGUGGAUCACCUGGGAUAGCAACCAGUGGGUUUCCUACGAUGAUGACGAUACAUUCAAUCAGAAACGUGAAUUUGCCGAGAAGCGCUGUCUGGGCGGCCUCAUGGUCUGGGCACUAGAUCAAAAGGAUCAGAGCAGCAGUGGAAAUUUGAACAACGGCGUCUCUGCCGCGGACCAGUCUGAUGCUCAGUCUCUCUCCCGCGAUAAUGCUGCGAAGACAAGCUGCUAUGUCACCGAUUGCAACCAGAAAUGUAAAAGCGGCACCAAUCAAGUCGCACAGAUGAAUGGGCAGCCGGGCCAGGUCUCAACACGCCCUGUAGUGACCGAUGUCCAGCGAAGCAGUACCGCAGCUUGUGCUGUGCUGAUGGUACUACUACUGGUAAAUGUACAUGGCGAGGGUUCCGAGGGUCCGGGAUGUCAUGUAUACAAGGGUGCUCAGAUGCUAACUCCGGCAAUACAGACCAACAAUCACGUUGGCAAAAAGGACCAGACAUGCAACGGAGGUCUCCAGUCCUUCUGUUGCUCAAACUUCAAAGCUCCACCAUCAUUGCAAAGUCUCGGCAAAGAUGCAGCGGACGCAGCGAAGAGCGCGGCAGAAGCCGCAGCACAGCAGCUUGCUCUUGACGUAGCUGCGAAGGCGUUCUGCCGCGUGGCGGUCCCAGCGCUUCUCGCACCUCUCGAGCUACUCGAGGAUCUGAUUCCAAUUUUCGGUGAAAUUGCAGACCUCGCCGAGAUAGCAGCCACGCCCGCACUCAUAAAGCUAUGCACGGACGAGCUUGAAAAGACCGGGAAAGCAGAGUUCAAAGUCUUCGGCAAGAAGCAUAGCCUCACCUUAGAUCCCCAUAACCCUCGCGGCCCUAAGGUUUGUGACGUUGCGGUAUAUGGACAGGCUUGUCUUCACUAUGCGAGCGUCAUUGAAACACAUGCAGCGUUUACUCCGGGAGUACAUCCUCUCACUUGCGCCACGAGAUAUAAUAACAAUCCACCACACAUCACUCAGAAAUGGACAGACCAGCAUAACCCUGGGUGGUGGCAAGGCUACAUUCAGGAGGCUGGUCAGAAUUGUCAAAAAGACGAAUAUCCCCCAGCAGUUUUCUGGUGGGAUCGCGACGAUGAUGACGUGAUGAUUCGCCUGAUUCCUGGAACACAGAACACUGGCGCUGGUAGCAGUCUGUUCGGUAACCAGGCUUUCGUCUGUGGCUACGGCAACAAGGACGGUCUCCCGCCCAGGUCGACGAGAAAUCUGAGGUCCGACCGUGAGUUCAUCGUUGCCAAUCGAAAGACCAUCGUCGAGACUCUGGACCUUACAGUCACCUUGAGUACCCUGGCACUUGACUUCAUCGGUACGGGGGCAUAUCCAGACUAUGGAGUGACCGAGAAUCCCUGCUGGCCCAAGACAGUCGUGGAUGAUCCGGGAUUCGCAAUGCGAGCAGGCCUCUACUCCAAGCUUCCCCCUCUAGCUGCGACUCAAGGCAAGUAUCGGGCUGGCUAUCAGAAGCGUGACGCAGACAUUGUCUCGCAGUACGGGCGUGCUGCCUCUAGCCAAGGUGUCCCGAGCGGCGCGAAGCCCUUCCGUCCAGAGAGUAUCCUGCUCGACGACGGCAACAACACCCGCCGUGCGACCGAAAAUGAUCUUGCAGAGUAUUUCAAUCUGCGGAGAUGCACUACUGCCGACUGCCGUGAGGAGAUUGCACAGCACGACGUGGAAGCUUUACUACUUGAUCCCAGUUUCGGCAUACCGGGAGCCGGUGUUGCAACCAGCAGCAGCACCAAGACUGCAGAUAUUGAUGCUUGGGACAGUGGGAGCAUUGUUACGGCAGUAGGAGAGACGACUGCUGUUUCUACUCCAGCUGCAGCUGGUGAGAACGCGGCACAUCUGACACUUUCGCUUCCCGCACCGACCAGAAAG